CCUCUCCGUGUCAGUUUUCGGAAUCCCAGCGCGCACUCUUCGGCGCGGUGGGACCCCAGCCCGGCUUCGUGCCCCGGCUGCUGCCUCCUCGGCCGGGCGUCCCGGCCCACUCCGCUGCAGUCUCGGCCCGGGCCCUCCGCGAUUCCCCUCCGCAGAGCUCCGCUCCGAAAGACUUUGUUUGUUUCCUCCUCUGCCCUCUUUGUUGCUCUGCAAACCGGCCUCUCCGCAGCCCUUGACUCCUCCAGGAGUUGCAUCUCCAGCUCGGCGACCGCCGUGCACAACCCCACCAGGUCUCAGCACCCUGUCUCCUUUCGCUCCGGGAAGCUGACCUUGACUUCAUUGAUGCACCCAUUCCAGUGGUGUAACGGGUGUUUCUGUGGCCUGGGACUGGUUAGUACCAACAAGUCCUGCUCAAUGCCACCUAUCAGUUUCCAAGACCUUCCCCUCAACAUCUACAUGGUCAUCUUCGGUACAGGCAUCUUUGUCUUCAUGCUCAGCCUCAUCUUCUGCUGCUACUUCAUCAGUAAACUCCGGAACCAGGCACAGAGCGAGCGAUAUGGCUACAAGGAGGUGGUGCUUAAAGGCGAUGCUAAGAAGUUGCAGCUCUAUGGGCAGACCUGUGCCGUUUGUCUGGAAGACUUCAAGGGGAAAGAUGAGCUAGGCGUGCUUCCAUGCCAGCAUGCGUUUCACCGCAAGUGUCUGGUGAAGUGGCUAGAAGUACGCUGUGUCUGCCCCAUGUGCAACAAGCCUAUCGCUGGCCCCACAGAGACCUCGCAGAGCAUUGGGAUCCUGCUGGAUGAACUGGUGUGAGCGCUCCGUGUAUGUGGACACUGGGGAAGACCGGGGUUCCUCUACGCAAUGAACAAGACUUUUGGGUGUUAACUGGGCUUUCACCAGCAGUGCCGGACCAGGACCACGAUUGCCUGGGCUCUGCCUCCCAGAGCUUCUUUCCCUGUUACUCGGUUCCAAUGGCCUCACCUAGCCAGACUACUCCAUCCUGGUACCACAUCAUCCACCUGCCUCAUGCUUGCCCUAGGAAGGAAUCAACCCUGUGACUGUGAACAUGGGCACUUCUCUGGCCUUGAAAGGAUGAGGUGGCUGUGCCCCACCCACAUCCCUCCCUCACUCCUGUCAGCGCGCCUUGGGAUGAUUUAAAGGGAAGGAAGGAAAGGUCAAAAAAAAAAAAAAAAAGAGCCAAGGUGAAAGACUCAGCAUGAAAUAAAGGAGGGCAGGGACCUAGAAAAGGGAAAAGUCAAAGUCAAUGUUUACAUGGGAUGUAGGAAACAAAGGCCAGGCCUGCCCUGGCUGACUGCAGGGUGAUGGGACCAACCAUCCCCUGUUAGAUUCUUAGGUGCUAUCCAUUCUCUCCCUGGCCCUGGUUAAUCUCAGAGCUUCCAAUUCCUUGUUGGUUUUGAAGAGACCCCGCUCUAUAGGAAGGGACUUUUUCUAUCCUCAUAACAUUUCUAGGGGCUUUUUAAACGAAAAGGACCCUGGGAUGGGGGUGUCUGGAGGUUACAGUAGGGCAGGUGCCUGCUUCCCCUCUGUAAAUAGUAUUUUUAUACUUCAUCGUCACCAUCUCAGGCUUUACAUAUGCAGCCCCCAAGGGUGGAGGGGGUGGAGUCUCCCCAUCCUUAGCCAGGUGGCUGAGAGUGGGAAAAAGGUUAUGUAUUUAAAGAAAAUUAAAUUUAAUAACAUGUUUCUCUAAUCAAA